UCUUACAGCGGGCUGUGUUUGCUGCGGUCAGGAUGUGGAGACCCGAGCUAGCAUUUAGCCUGAUCAUGUCCUGAUCACGAACUCCAGGCUCCCUCCACGAUUCCACCUGUACAGUAUCCAAAUAACCAUGGCCAUAGGCAGAGAUAGUCCAGCUUCUUCAUAUUAAGAGUGUGUAGGAGAGGAGGAAGAGGAGGUGGUGGCGGUGGCAUGCGUAUGGGCAGUAGCUGGAGGUGGCAGAUUUCCCGGGCCAUGCGACUCGCACUGCGCUGGUGCCGGCUGUGCCGCCUGCAGAGAGGAGGAGGGAACAAAGUCCGGUUCAGCGGGAGGUUGUCGGAGCUGUGGAGCUACAGCAAACUGCUGCUCAAGUCCCUGUAUUACAACAGCCUCAGCAACUCGGACACGAUGCUGGACUGUGUGUUUGAGCCCGUCUACUGGAUCGUGGACAACGUGACCCGCUGGUUUGGAUUGGUGUUCGUCUGUCUGGUCAUUCUCCUGACCACCUCAGUCGUGGUGGUCAUCUACCUGUUCGUCCUGCCCACGAUCCUCAGCACAUACCCGGUGCACUGGGUGGUCUGGCACCUCUGCUAUGGCCACUGGCUCCUUGUCAUGGUGGUCUUCCAUUACUACAAGGCUACUACCACGGCUCCUGGACACCCUCCCAAGGACAAAACUCAAAUCCCCUCAGUGUCCAUUUGUAAGAAAUGCAUCAUUCCAAAACCGCCCAGGACGCACCACUGUAGCAUCUGCAACAUGUGUGUUUUGAAGAUGGACCACCACUGUCCCUGGCUGAACAACUGUGUGGGCCAUUUCAACCAGCGCUACUUCUUCUCCUUCUGCCUCUACAUGACCCUGGGCUGCCUCUACUGCAGCUUCAGCAGCAAGGAAAUGUUUCUGGAAGCAUACAGCGUUAUAGAGACUUAUUAUCAGACCCCAACUCCAGACUACACCUUAAGAGAAACCACGGCUCAGAAGAGUGUCAUCUACCUCUGGGUACUGACCAGCUCUGUGUCAGUAGCUCUGGGAGGACUCACCCUGUGGCACACCAUACUCAUCUGCCGAGGGGAGACCAGCGUGGAGCGCCAUAUCAACCGCAAAGAGACCAGAAGACUCCGGGAGAAGGGCAAGGUGUUCAGAAACCCCUACCAUCACGGAAAUAUGAACAACUGGAAGUUACUGCUCGGUGUGGAGAAAAGAAGUCACUGGCUCACACGGGUCCUGCUACCCUCCAGUCAUCUUCCCCACGGGGACGGCGUCGUGUGGGACUGCACCUUCACCAGGAGAGACCCGAUGGCCAUCUGACCCCCACCGCUUCAUUUAAUUAAGAUGCUUUGCUGUGUAAAGGUGUUUGCGGACAUAACAACUCGUCAUGCCUCGAAAUACCAUCACCGUCUCACUGUCGGCAGCCUUGUGAAGUCGGGGUAGAGCUUCAUCCUGCGACUGUAGCGCUAUCGGCUGAAUGGAUUUACAGAAGGUGCUGCUGGCCAGCACACACAUCUGUCUCCUUACGCUCGACCAUUCGCAAAGACUGAUGAAUUUCUGCGCAUUUCUUGCACCAGCACUACAGCCUCACCCGUGUAAGAGUGUGAUGAGGGAGCACGGAUAGGAGACGGGGAAGUACAGGAGGCGAUGGAGAUCAUAUCAAGUAACGGCAUCUUAACGGUGCUAUGUGUUGCAUUUUACAACUAAAACCAAACUUAAUAGAAAAACUAACAUUUGUAUGUAUUUAUCAGUGUGCUAACAAUUUCCUAAAAUGACAGAGACCAUCUGAGAGAAAUGUAUGAGCUAUACUGUAGCCAGCCACCAGGAAGUGAUUGAGAUGUUGCAAAAUAGUGAGCAGGUGGGGACUUGUUUUAGUGAAACAUCUGCACAUUGGGAGGCGAUCACUGUCAUUUGAAUGUCCAAUUCCCUACAACAAAAAAGGUCCUGAAAAAUUUCUGAAAAAUGUGUGACUUCUGGAUCCAAUGUUGUCCAAACCAUUUCAUCCUGUAGAUUUGAGCUGAGGUUGUUGAAAACAGACAGGAAGCAGAAACGAGAGGAAUGAAACAUCAGACUAGAUUUCAUUAAAGUCUGUUCAGAUGCUAAAAAGCAAAGCACCUUUGAUAACUGACACUGUAUCCCUGACAUGUCAUCACAGAACUGAGCCUAAACCUUGUCUGCUUAUUUAAGAGAGUUUGUCUUAAUGAGAUACUUUUUUAAUGUUAAAUGAUCUAGGAUUAUGAUGUCUUUUUCAAAAGUUAUUUCUCUCAUGAACUACUCUGUUAACACCUGCAGUGUUAAGUGGAGAUGUUGGUGAGAGUCCCAAGCUUAGGAACCACAGAUAUGAAUUGAUGUUCUGGUGCCGAAGAGUUUGAUCUAUUUCCCUAAAAUGUUUGACUUAAAUCUUUUGCUCCCUACAAUGAGGUGAAGAAGAAAGAACAUACAUGUUGUGUGCCUUGUUUGGGGCUUCAGUAUUUAAACGUAGGCAAUUUAAUUAAGUGAGAAAAAGUCACUGUGAAUUACAUUUUUAUUUUCACCUCAGUGUGUUCUUCAUUUCAAAAGGAGUUGAAUCUGUAGUUGCCAUAGAAACAUGACAACAUCCCUGUGUAACCAAAGGGAGCUGUGCUCCAGUUAGAUUGUUCCUUCUCUCUUUUAAAAAAAUAAAUAAAACAAGUGUUUGAUAUUU